UCCCAAACCACAACCACAACCACUGCCUCACCCACCAUGACUCGCUCACAACCCCUCCUCACCCUCUCCCGGAGGUAUCUCACAACUGCCGCACCCCGGACAACCACAACCACACCCAUCCGUACAACCACAUCUCUCCUCACCACCAAACCCACCACCACCACCACCACCACCACCCUCCGCACCAUCCAACACCAACCAUGCCUCCGCACCACCACCACCACCCCUAGCAUCCGUCCCUACCACUCCAUCCACCACCCUUCCCCACCCCACGAAUACUCCAACUCCCAAACGACCAUCCUCUCCUCUGCUCUCCGCCACGUCCCGACCCACGGCUUCACCCGCGACGCCCUAACCCUCGGAGCCCGGGAUGCCGGCUUCCUCGAUGUCUCGGUGCAACUUCUCCCGCGGGGCGAAUUCGACCUGAUUCUCUUCUGGCUGGCGAGUCGUCGGGGUCUCCUCCGCUCCAAGGUGGAGAAUGAUGCGCUGCUGCAAUCCCAAUCCCAGCAGGGACCUCUAUCCGUGGACGACAAAAUCAAGGUUCUGAUUAUGGAGCGGCUGCGCAUGAAUGUGGAGGUGAAGGAUAAGUUGCAGGAUGCCCUAGCCAUCAUGUCCCUCGGCGAAAACAUCCCCCUCUCAUUAUCCGAACUGCACGCUCUCUCGGACGAUAUCCUCACGCUAGCGGGCGACGCUUCCGUCGAUGCAUCGUGGUAUUCGAAGCGCAUGGCUGUGGCGGCCGUGUAUGCGUCGUCGGAGUUUGUGAUGACGCGGGAUACGAGCGCGGGGCUGCGUGAUACCGAGGAAUUCCUGAGUCGCCGGUGGGCGGAUGCCAGAGCUGUGAAGGAUAAGGUGUCUGGGGUGAAGCAGUGUUUGGGGUUCUUGGGGUCGACUGCUGUGGGAUUGGGGAGGAGUUGGGGGUUGAAGCUAUAGCUGGUACCUGAACCCUUCAAUAUGAUGGGAAGGUAUGGAUGGGGUGGUGGUAGGAUGUACUAUUAUUAACAUCAUUUCUUUUUAGCUUGCUUUGCUUUGCUUACUGGUAUUUACUUCCGGUGAUACAAUUGUAUAUUUACAUUCACGUCUCUUUCAACGGCACCAUACAUAUAUACUAUGCU